UCGCCUUGUCGUCCGUCGUCAACCACCAGCUAGGCCUGCUAUAUAUUCUGCUGUGCAAACAUUAUAUCCUCGCUUAAUUCUGUCGCUUUAUAACUCUACGCCAACUCGUCCGCCCUCCCUCCUAACUUAGGCCCCUCAUCUGAUCUCCAGCCGCAUUCCUGUGUCCCAAUUGUCAUUGACCAUUAACUUCUGCCCGUCCGCUGGAUCGCUCUUUCCAUUCCCAGGGAUUGCGCAGGUGCCGCUCACGCCCUGUCUCUGCGUUUCGCCAGUCGAAAACAAAACAAAAGCAGCACACAUGUCCCAAGCGCGCCAAGGCAAUUGUGUCCUAGGAUCCGACGCCCAAGCUAUAAGGCUCUCCGGACAGGGCCCAGCACCCGAGGCAAGCUCCCAUCCCACAGGGCGCCCCUCUUCUGGCCCGGACUCCCGCAACACCGCGCCACGCCGUGCAAUGCACUCGUUCGUCCCCCGUCCGUUUCCCCCGCCCUCUCUUGCCAACGUCCCAGUCGAGUAUAUCAUCGACCAGUUGCACAACCUCGCUCCCCACUACUGGAGUAAACCAGAGACCGCGGACUGUUCCAUCAUUGUCCCUCUCGAUGGAGUUCUACGCAGCACAAGGCACGAGUUGCGACUGUCUGGCUCGCCGUCCGACCCUUUCUCGGAACUUGGCACACCCCAGAACCCUGUGGGACACACCCGAAGGGUCAUGGAGCCCAAAGUCCGCCCCGCCCCGCGGAUGGUCAUGAAGCUUCAUAUUGACUAUCUCUCGGCACACUCGACGCUUCUACGGGGCCUCUUCAGUGGGGCAUCCCCUGUCGACCUCAUCCCUACAUCUCCUUGUACGACACCUCGCGAUUCGUUCUUCCACCUGCCCAUCCCGCCGGAGCCUAAGCAUGAGGUAUCUGUACCGUCAGCCAUGCGUGGCCUCCCUAUAGCUCCACUGCUUCCCCGCAUGCUGCCCUCUUCGUCCACACACCCGACGAUUUACCUCCCUGUCCCGGAUCCCUCUUCACUUCGCCUCCUCAUCCACUACAUGUAUUUCGGAUCCACCACCUUCAUCGAAGAGGCACUCGACGAGGGUACUGUCGCAUGGGAAGGCCUGGCGCGGAACGUCGAGUUCCUCGGUAUGGGCAUGGACAUCAAAGUCUGCCUCGGACGCUGGUACGGUCGGUGGCGCAGGGGCCGAAGCGACCUUGCGGACACCUUCAGCACCUACGAGUACUACGGCGAGGACUACAGCGAUGACUGCAGUGACAGUGACAGCGACGACGACAGCUGCUUCGACAGCGACGAAGGCGAGGUCAUGGCCCCCUCGUCUUCGGCUACGACGGCGUCUAUGGAUGACGACCACAUGGACAUCGAGGACUCGCUACGCGCGGCGAAGGUCGACAUGUCUCGCGGCCGUCAGCGCACACAGCGUCGGCUCGGCCAUGCGAUAUCCGACCCCGGACCCAUACGCGGACGGCGAUCCCACGAUGUGCCACACACCUCUCAUUCGUCUUCCCCUUCCCGCAUGUAGGCGGACUGACCGCCCAUCUAUCACGGAGCAAUACUUCGCACACGGCAACGCGUUGCCCAUCAAAGAGCGGCCGCCCUGGUCUCAUUACUGUACAUAGUCAUUUCAUUCACCAGCCUGGAGCACUCUUUUCUUCGAAACCAUUCGCUGUGUACGACAUCGGAUAUGCCAGGCUGCUGAUGGUCGUCCCUCCUUCUCAUCAUCUCCCCAUUUUGACAUGGCGCUCGUGUAGAGCUGGCUCGGUAGAGCACACCCAUUCCCUACAGCCCCUUGGCGACACCCCCCUAUCUGCACUGUACCCAUAUUAAUCCUGCGGGCUCUCGCGUAGGGUACUCUUUUGCCCGCCUUUUCGAUGUUCGAUGUUGGUUGUAUAUACUGUACAUUUACACGGACCUUCCGCCGACAUCACGAUACACUUUAUCGUACCCGUUUUCACGUCCACUGCACGUGCUGGCCAGUCCUUUCAGAUACAGAACACGAGGGCAACCCCUCAAGCUAUUUAUUCGUUAUAUUACUGUUAAUCCAGUAUCAAUUAUUC